UGCUCUCUCUCAAGCGGUCCUAGUAACUCCAAUUCCUCGAUUGAAGAUUCUACAAACGAUUACCAUCCUCGCGCAGCGCAGCACCAACAACUUACCACGUACCACGUUGUAAAACUGGAGCAGCGGCAAGUUGCUUUAGAUUCAGAAAUAUGAAUGUAAAUCGGUACCAAGCGGCCAAAAAUUUGCAGCCGGCGCGAUCGCUACGCACCCCAAAUCUCAAUUCGAACCGAAACGCUCUCGGGGACUAUGGUUACGCGCCGCAUCUAGCAGAACCAUACCGUCCACAACAACCCCCUUCACGUGACGGUAGCAACUAUGCCAACGGCAAUCUAGCAGGAUCCGCCCAUCCCCCACGAUCGAGCAGCCAAUCCCGAAAACAUGACGUUCUACGGACACCGGUUUCCGGAAAUGUAAACUCAGGUGCGCCAGGAUCAUUGGCAGGCCGAUCUACACCCACACUCGUAGCCACCGGGAGUCUCACGUUUAACGCGAGCUCAUUAUCCGUCGGUGCGAAUUACGAUGUUACCGUGUCCUAUAUCCAGAAUGGACCAAAACAGUUCAUGGUACAACAGCGAUCAGCUGACGUUGCUCUGAAACAGAUGAUGAGCGCCUUAGCUCGCGUCCCUCUUCGAACCAUCACCCGUAAGAUGCAGCUCGGCAUGCCUUGUCUAGGACGAUACACUCCCAACUUAACAAUCUACCGAGCACUAAUAACGGCUAUCGGUCGCGACGGUUUGUGCACCAUUUCGUACGUCGAUUAUGGCCACACCGAAACGGUUCAUCCGGCUAAUCUCUACGAGAUACCACCAGAAUUCUUACGUUAUGAGAUUUUUUCGACGCGCUUUGCGUUGGCUGGCGUUCGGAAACUGGAGGAUAUCAAUGCAGAUGUUGCAGGUCUUUUCUCGCGCGUUGUGGCCGGUAAGCCAUUGACUCUACGAGUGAUGCCCCCGGAUGGAGCUGCCUUCGUUUCGUACUGUGAGCUAUACGACAAUGGUGACAAUGUAUUCAAUCGCCUACAGGCGCUGUGUCAAGCGAAUUUGUACCGUUUUCCGGCUCCGGGAAGCUUGGUACGGGGAGCUAGUUAUCCGGUUGUCAUACGCUACAUCGAAUCUUGUGCGCAAUUCUACGUUCACAUGCUUGACAAUGUCCACGCGUUCGAUAAGAUGAUGGAUGAUCUGGCCGCCUAUUGUCAUAACGGUGGACAUGGAACUGGUGGCGGUUCUCUGAUCCCAUCUGUAGUGGACAUAGGAGACGCCGUAAUUGUGGAGCUCGGUACAGAUGAUGUAUAUCGAGCGGUUGUAGUGGAAAUUAGCCCUGUCCUUAAGGUGCGACUGAUAGACUACGGUAACAGCCUGAAAAUCGAACGUGGAAUGCUACGACGUCUAUCGCCUGCCUUUACACACCAGCGCCCUGAAGCAUUUGAAUGCUGUUUGGAAGGAUUUGAAGGAUCCAUAGGGGAUUCCUCGUCGCGUGAGGAGACCAUUAACCUGUCUACGAAACAGCUCGAAAUGUUAUCGGAAGCAGCAGACAGCGAACGCAAACCAUUCAAGUUGAUCGUCUGUGAUAUACGUGAGGGCCUUACAAUUGUCAAUCUGUUCGACGAAUCUCAAACGCCAGUGGCCAACAUAUCAAAAACACUUUUGAAACUGAAAAAUCCCAUCAAAUUCAACAAAGAGUUGCAGAGCAGUCACCAAAAGUACCCGAAGCAGCAGCAAGUCAGUGUUUCCAACAGUCUUAACACAAAACUGUCUAACAGUGGCGAAUCAGCUAAACUAUUCUCCUCCAGCGGUGUAUCAUCGUCGGCAAUAGCCAGUGACUACAUCGAUCUCACGACCGAAGAGUGGAUUGGGCCUGUUCCAGGUAACCAAAGCUCCGGUUAUGAGCAACAAUUGCUUCAACCGCAACAGACGACUACGAUAGCUAGUAAUGAACUCUCACAGAGGAAGAAUCGCGGUGGUGAUAGUAACCGUAGCAGUGAUAGUCGCGAAUCGUCUUCAAGCGCAAACACAGGCAAACAGCAACCACCAGAUAUUUCUAAACAGAUUUCAGUCAAUGAAUACACGCCAGCCUCCCAAACAGUAGCACGUAAUGACAUUCCAAGGUUCAGCAAGGAACGAAUCCAAACCCCGUACUACUAUGAGCAUGAUGAUCGUGGCGGGCAGGAAUCCGGUAGCGGAAUCCAAUCAAAGCAUAAAGAAAAGUUGCAACCAGAAAUUUUAUUCGGGUCACUGUCUGAUUCUGCUCAAAUACAUGCAUCACCUGAGUUAGCCACCAACCACGAACAACAAAACAUCGCUCCAUCAGAAAUCAUCGAAAGCUAUAAAGCGCCAUCGGAUGAAUACUUACCAUACAAUAGUGCAUUGCCAGAACAAAUCGUCCCUUUAAACUGCAAGUUGGAGGUGAUACUCUCAUGGUGGCACUCACCGGAACAAUUUUACGUGCGUUUGCGCAUUGACGAGGAGCGUUAUCAAGAUCUCAUGAAACAGCUACAGAAGCACUACCGCAACAAAAGUAACCAGCAACAGCACCAUCAGAAACUGUUGCAAAACCAGCAACCAGACCCGAGGACAUCGAAACUGCCCACCGGGUCUUUGGUGGUUGUACGACACCCAAAGCACAAUACAUACUAUAGAGGACGCGUGCUGAAAUACAACGAAUCGAAUCAGCGAUACAAAGUAGAGGUCGUGGACGGUGGCAACAAACUCAUCGUUUCACCGAGCGAUCUCUGGAUGGUGGAACGUCGCUUUGGGCGUUUGGCGCCAUUAGCGAUUUCAUGUGCACUACCCGAAGUGCGGUUGCAGUGUGAGGUGAAGGAACUUCAGAACCGCAUCGAUAAUUACCUGAACAAUGAUCAGUCGAUCGAGGCUGUGUUUCUAGAGUUACGAGAAACCAAAUAUCACUGCAAGCUAAAAUCCAAGGGCAACGACCUCAAGAUGCAACUUAUAAGCGAUGGUUUACUUUCGCAAGUAUUAAUCGAUGUUGAUCUCUAUCGCUUGAAAGGACAAACAUUGAAGGUGCAGCUGAUAGAAUUAAAGAGCUUAACUAACUUCCGAGUGAAAUUAUGUGGCCAUGAUGCUAUUUUCAAUUGUCGUCAGGAUGGCUGUGAUGUUCACGCAGACGUUUCCAAUAUCGAGGAUGAAUUGCAAAGCAUAUACAAAUACUGCACGGCCCAGGUGAUUGAUGUAACCAAUGAAGAAAAGUUGGUACUUUCGCUGCUUGUACCUUCACUAACGAGUCAAGCGCUUCCUACGAUAACGCAAAUGCCUAUCCUGCUGAGCGAGUUCAAUGUCUAUGUUACUCACGUUGAAUCAUCCAACUGUCUCCAUGUUCAGAAUGUGCUGUGGAACGAUCGUGUGACUAAGCUGAUAGAUGAUCUAUAUGAGUAUUACGAGUGUCAGCAACCGUCUGUUCCGUUAGCCGAACUUACUAUGGGUGAAGUUUGUGCUUCACGGUCGCAGCAUGAUGGAAACUGGUACCGAGCAAAAAUUGUCUCACUUCAGGAUAUCGAACAAAUCGAAGUCCUGCUAGUAGAUUAUGGAUCGCGUGAACAUGUGAAGCAUAGUGAUCUUAAACGGUUGGCACCGCAGUUUUUAGAGUAUAGUGCAUUCGCUCAUCGGAUUUACUUACCGAUGGCAGCUAUUGCCGGUGUGGAUGAGGAGCGAAUCAAGCUAGAGAUCACGCAGUUAACGGAAGGGUUCGAGUUGACUCUUAAGGUGAUGGAGUUUCGAAAUGAUAUUUGGAUUGUGGACAUUACGUCGAACGAUUACAGCAUCGUAAGCGUGCUGAAAGACAAGCAACUUGUCGCAGAUUUGGAAUACGAAAGCAUAUUUAAUCAGCGUCAGACGGCCACACCAGUUCAAGGAGCUGUAGUGCGACCAUCGGUCGAGGAUCAUGAGGGUAACACUCAAAAAAAUCGCGCUCGUAUUUGUCACGUGGAUAAUCCAUGUCAAUUGUUCAUCCAGCUCGAAAGUGACAUGCGGGAUUUGAAUCAGCUACAGGAGACUCUUCAAAUCAUUUCCUCCUCCUUGCCGCCUUUGCGUGAUUUUUCUGCUGAUCGCUACUGCAUUGCACAGUAUUCCGUGGACGAUCUAUGGUACCGGGCUUUGAUCAUCGACAGUCAUGACGAUCUUAUCAUACAAUUCGUUGAUUAUGGCCACACAGAUAUAGUAACAAGCAACAAAAAGAGCUCGCUACGCGAUAUAAAUGAUGAUCUGAUGCGUUGGAAAGUGUACGCCAAGCAGUGUGCUUUGCUCGUACAGCCAAUGAGCCUAGAGUCCAUGGCAGAAACGGGACGAAAGAAGAAUACUUCAUGGAAAGAGGUUGCGACAACAAUCUUGCGCUCGUUGGAAGAAGUAGAGGUACAGUUCCUCGCAGAAGCGCAGGGUGUGCAUUACAUCAGCGUGCGAUGCGGUGAAAAGGACAUCGCGGAAAUGUUGGUUGAGAAGAAAUUGGCCGUACGCAUGUACUACGUCCCAUCCGGCCAGCUCUGCUUCACAAGUCACAUCGACUCAAUUUCCGAAUUCUAUCUACAGCUUGAGCGCGAUAUAUAUCCACUGGAUACGAUGUCCAAUUAUCUCUCAGAUGUGAGCAAAUUUCCUGAUGUUGAUCAACCACAAAUUGGGAUGAUUUGCAUUGCAGAAUAUCAAGACGAUGAGCUGUGGUAUCGCGCGAAGUUACUCUCUAUUCCUCGUCCCGGAGAGUAUGAGGUAUUCUUCCUCGACUACGGCAACACAUCAACCGUACGCAAACUAAAAGGGCUGGAUUCAUCGAUUGCUGAAUUGGCUAGACUUUGCACCAAGUGUAGCCUUCGUUUGCCAGAAAACGUUCGCAGAUGGUCACCUGAAGCCGAGGAAAAGUUCCUGGAGCUUGCUGCUAUGGGUCAAACCGUGUUCACUGUUCAGUUGUACAGCCCGGGACCGAUCGCAGCCACUGUGGAAUUGUUCCUCAAUGGGCGUAACAUUGUUGACCAGCUGGUAACAUUAUGUGAGAAAGGAAAUCCCAAUGGGGCCAGUGGUACGGAUUCAAUGAACUCCAGUUUCUAUUUGCUAUGUGAGGAAAACCGGCUUGAUGAUAGCUAUCAACUUGAUGAUCAAGCCCAUAUUAGUCACGUAAUCUCACCAGCCGAAUUCUACAUUCAAAUCACAAACUGCUUCGAUGCUCUGCGAAAUAUGGAAGAGUUGCUCGCGACUAAGGCGGCUCAGUGUGAGGUGAUCACUGGUGAAGAAAUCCAUAAUGGAUUAUUUUGUUUGGCUCAGCUGGCCACCAGUGGAAAGUAUUGUCGGGGCCUAGUGCUCUCGGAAGUAAAUGGUGGCCAUUCAAAAUACCACCAAGUACUACUGGUCGAUUACGGCAACCGUGCUACGGCAAUUGAGCUUCGUCGGAUGCCUGAAGGCAUCGAAGAAAUCUCAAGAUUGGCCAAAAAGUGUUGCCUCGAGCACUAUUUGCCGACGGACGAGGAGGCACUAGGAACUAAGCGUUGGGCUCGUAUUCGUAACCGUUUCAUCGAGCUGACCGAUUCGGGAAAGCAAGUGUUCUCAUUCCAAAUCGUACGCAAUGAUUGCGAUCCAAUGAUUGUACGACUGUUCACAUCAUCCGGUGUCAAUGUGGAGGAUCACAUAAAAGAAGGAGAAAGCACCGAGAUGAUGGAUGCUUCUGUGGUGAAUGUGUCCUCUGAGGAUAAUUCACUCAAGCGCCAUAAACCCAAGCAAGCUUUCUUCCGAACUAAUAGCGAUUUGGAUUUUUUGGAACACUGAAGCUUGGAGUCAAUAUCUUAUGAAACGAUCAUAAACUCGUUCAAUGUUUUUCGUGUUUUCUAAACGUACCGUACUUACGAUGAACAAGAAUGAAAGGGAAACGAUACUUGACCGCCCAUCAAACAAACGAAUUAUCGCUCAUCUCAUAGAACAGCAAUUUUCAUUAUUCAUGCUCCUUAUUCAAUGAUUCAAUUACAUUGCUCUAGUGCUGUACAGUCGAUUAAUUUUCACCAUGGUUUGCCACGCGAGCAAUGUAAGCUAAUUUAUCAACAACAAAAACUUUAAGAACUUUUAGGGAAAUAACUGAUAUCUUUAAUUCUCUCUGGCGGUGCACUAAAUAAUGAAAUCCUUAGAAAACUAUUUUUAUUACUUUCACUAAUUGAAUAUUUGCAAGAAUGGGGUGAGUGAGGGGUUUUUUUUCACUUUCCCCUGGUUUCGGUGAUUUCGUGCGCCAUUCAUCAAAAUCACUAAAGAUUGCAAAAAGGGUAAUAGAAGGAAAAUACGAAUUUAAAUACAGGAAUUUAUUUUUCUCUGGUAAUAAUGGUUGUGCCUUUAAACAGCAGAAAUGAAACUGAUAGAUUCAAGGGAUAUAAUCCAUACACAUUCAUCUAAUACAAUGGGAUAAUAGAAAAAUUAAUAUUACCGUUUCGGGAAACCCUAUUUCAAGCAAUAGCCCAAAAAAUACGAGUAAGAAAAGAGCGAAUGUUAAAGAAUUUAUCAACGAGAGCAAGGGUUACUAUAUUUUUACACACCAUAAAACGUUCACCAGUGUUUAUCCAAUAGAAAUAAAUGAUAACAUAGAGCAAAUAAAUCUCGCGAUCUGUCGUUGAAUAUGAGACUAUAGCUUUAUUUACACAAAGACAAAGUUCUAUGUAAGAUUUUCCUAUUACCAUUCAUCUUCGAAGUGAAUGAGGGAGAGAAUGGAAUUGGCAAAUAAUAGCAUCUCUGUCUAUGCACAUAAAA